CAAUGAGCCUAUGCUUUACUUUUUUUCUAUCAUUUUUAUAUUUCUACCGAGGUGAGGUCUAAUACCUCUUGCCUGUAUGGAUAUCUGCAUUGGAAACAUUUUAACAGGACCAAUAUUUCAGUCUUGAAUAUACCUUCUCUGGAAACGGUUUCCACAGCGACAUAAUAGUAACAACGAUUCAUGGAGGGACUGGUACCUUAAGAAAGGAGGAGGGGCUAUGAGUAACUUUCCGUAAUGAGUCAUGAAUUUCCAAGUACAGUAAAUCGAGGCGCUCGCCUUUAGUAGCCUACAGUAGUCAACUCCAUCUAUGUACUACACUUUUUACUGUGUGGAUACUCUGGUAAAAUGAAAUGUAUUGUAGCCUAUCAUCAGAAGUAACUAUGGAUGUACGACAAAGAUAGGUUGUCACAGCUAUUGAUUGCCAUAAUAGUAUCCGUUACUAAUGGUCAACUUUAUGGGGAUGUGCUCUGAUGCGCAAAGCAUCAAAUCGGGAUACCUCGAUGAGAUGUUUGAUGCUGGAACAUGGAAGGUGCGCAAUAUUUGGGAUGGGGUAAAGCUGGAGGUUGGCGAUGACGAAAGCCCGGUGGUCCUUAACAGUUUUACACAUUUGGACCCUGACCUACCACUAUUUGAGAACUCGACACAGGAGAUCGGAGAGGAGGUGGAGGAGGGGGCAGUGUUCACCAUCACCCUGAGGAAGGUGCAGUUGCACCAGUCGGCCAGUAAGGGACAGCGAUGGCUGGGCGUGGAGACAGACUCUGCUCUCAGCCUGUAUGAGACGUGUAAAGUACGCACCAUAAAGGCUGGUACGCUGGAGAGGCUGGUGGAAUACAUGGUGUCUGCGUUCAGGGGCAAGGACUCCACCUACGUCACCAUCUUCCUCUGCACCUACCGCUCCUUCGCCACCACCAAGCAGGUGCUGGACCUCCUACUCAACAGGUAUGCCAAGCUACAGAACCAACCUGGGAUAGAUGUACACAGACACACUCAGGAUGACAGCACAGAGCUCAGAAACACUGUGUCGUCCAUCCUGGGGGCGUGGCUGGACCAGUACUCAGAGGACUUCUGGAGCCCUCCACAAUAUAGCUGUCUACACCACCUGAUGUCCUACCUACACCACCACUUCCCUGGCUCCGACCUGGAGCGCCGCGCACGCAACCUGCUGGCCCUCUUACACCGCAGGCAGCAGUGUGAGCCCGACCUCGACGUGGAGCACAUUGGCUGUCCCUUCGCCACACAGGAAGAGAGUGGUUUUGAGGACGAGCUUCCUGCCCUGAACUUCUUGUCCUUUGACCCCAUCAUGGUUGCCGAGCAGUUCACACUCAUGGAUGCGGAUCUGUUCAAGAAGGUAGUCCCUUACCACUGCCUGGGGGGCAUCUGGUCCCAGCGGGAUAAGAAGGGGAAGGAGCACCUGGCCCCCACCAUUCGGGCCACAGUGGCCCAGUUCAACUGUGUCACCAACUGUGUCAUCACCACCUGCCUGAGCAACCCCUGUCUAAAACCCACCCAGCGAGCCAGACUGGUGGAGCGCUGGAUAGAGGUGGCCAGGGAAUGUCGUAUCCUCAAGAACUUCUCGUCCCUGCGAGCUAUUCUCUCUGCCCUGCAGUGUAACUCUCUCCACCGACUCAAGAGGACCUGGGAUGAGGUGUCCAGAGAGAAUUUCCGCACCUUCCGCGAGCUGUCAGAGAUCUUCUCAGAUGACAACAACUACUCUCUAAGCCGAGAGCUGCUGGUCAAGGAGGGCACAUCCAAAUUUGCUACCCUGGAAAUCAACCCUAAACGAGCACAGAGGAGACACCAACAGCAGAGAGACUUGGGGGUGAUGCAGGGGACCAUUCCUUACCUGGGCACCUUCCUCACUGACCUGGUCAUGAUGGACACGGCUAUGAAAGACUACACAGAGAGUGGACUCAUCAACUUUGAGAAGCGACGAAAGGAGUUUGAGGUGAUAGCUCAGAUUAAGCUACUGCAGCUGGCAUCCAACAACUACAGUUUCACCCAGGACAGCCUCUUCAGGGAGUGGUUCUCAGGAGUGGAGAGACUCAGUGAGGCAGAGAGCUACACUCUGUCCUGUGAGAUUGAACCACUGUCAGAGUCAUCCAGCAAUACUAUCAGAGCCAAGAAAAACGGAGGCAUCAUGAAACGCUGGAGCGAUCGGCAGUUAACUGAAGCCAGCUGCAGCAGUGCAGGAAGCUCCCACUCCAAGUUGUUUGACCAGUCCCACUUCAGACCGUACCAGGGAGGGGGAGGUGAUAGUGGGGACACCCUCAGCGUCACCUCAGCCGGCUCCAGCGGAUCUGACCUGGAGGAUGUCAACGGCAGCUUCCUGUCUGACUCACCGGAUGCCCACGAGAGAAAGACCUCUACAUCCUCAGUAAAACAUUCCGUUUCUGCUUUGGGGAAAGAAAGCCAGACUCCUGAUCCCAACUCCACGUUUUGGGAGUCCACCUCCCUGUCUUCUCUAGACACCUCAGGGAUGGGUUCUGGUUCGGGCUCCAGCAGCGCCUCGUCCUCCUCUGUGUCCUCCUCCACUCCUCUCCCAGGUGCCUCCCGCUCCCACAAGCGCUCCGUCUCAGCUGUGUCCUGCUACUCCACACUCUCCCUGCCCCUCUACAACCAGCAGGUGGAUGACUGCUGCAUCAUCAGAGUCAGCCUAGACGUGGACAACGGCAACAUGUACAAGAGCAUCCUGGUGACCAGUCAGGACAAGACACCAGCAGUCAUCAGGAAAGCCAUGGUGAAACACAACCUGGAGCGAGAGAAAACAGAGGACUAUGAAUUGAUGCAAAAAAUCUCUGAAGAAAAAGAGCUGCGGAUCCCAGACAAUGCCAACGUUUUCUAUGCCAUGAACUCUACCGCCAACUAUGACUUUGUGCUGAAGAAACGUGGCUUGUCCAAGAAAGGCCGGGCCAAGAGUGUAGCCAGCUCCACGCUGCCCCGCAUGAAGCAGAAGGGCCUGAAAAUCGCCAAAGGGAUCUUCUGAGGACGAGUGUCCCAGCUCUGUCAGUCUGAUGGAUUAAGGCCCUCUAAAUCCACCUAAGCUAAAGGAUCUGAGAACUACACUAGAGACGGAGCCCAGUGGAAAACAAGAACAAAUCAUGUCUGCAUGCAUCACAAGCAGGCAGCAAAGCAGGAAAAGCACUUACUGGUAUCAGACUGAUGUCUUCUUGGCUCAGGCCUUGAUGAAGGGGAGCUUAACAAUGUGCUGUCCCUAACCUUUCGUGCCUAAGUUUGUGUCAGUGGUGUUUACAAAUGGUAUAUCAUAGAGAGUGUAUAGCGUACAUAUGGCCACGUUAUACACUCUCUCUGACUGUGUGGUGAUUAGAGUGGUGUUGGUAAAUGUUGUACUGAGGAGCACAGAGGAAGGCACAGAGAACAAUGGUGGCCAGAUUUAUUGAACCAGGUUAGUCUCGUGAGAUAAAAUACAUUUUCAAGAGAGACCUGGACAAAGAGACCUGAUGUGCUUUCCUGGUGGGAUGUGGCCCUUUUCCACUGUGAAUAGAUGGAAAGGUGGUCCAUUGUAAGUUUAAAGAGUUUAAUGCAGACGCUGACAUAUUGAAUAUAGGUCAAGGUGUGUGAUCAUUUCAGAGAAAACAAGGUGUCAGGAGUGUCCACUUUAUUAAGAGACAUACAUCUUGUUUUAUUGAAUUAUAACCACAACAAGGAAUAAGGAUAUUGCAAUGGGGCUCAAUAUGUUCAAUAGAAGCAUUUGAAAGAUUAAGGAGGGUUGGUGUAAAAAAAAAAAAAAAAAAGAGAUAAACAGUGAGGAGUGAUAGAUAUUUACAAAAUACCCACACAGUAUAAUAUCAGCAUUACUUUGCAAUGGACCUUUAUGUUUGAUGAUGUUACCAUUACAGUUAGGCUAUUUGUUUGCUACUUUUUACUGUGCUAUGCUGCUGCUAAAUGCACAUUUUAUAAAAGGUCAAUAAUUCCUUAUUUUUUUACAAACUUUUUUGGGGGUGAGGACAGGCAUGACUUUGGGACUCUCCGAAGACGGCAUUGUAUUGAGUAUCACUAAGUGAUUCAGGGGCUCCGAUGACGGCAUUUCAUACCACCCCGUCCCUACUGGACUAUCUCUGUAUGGAUAACAAUGGUUUACAUCUCUGUACUAACAGUAGGAUAGUGGUAUCAUGUAUAAUCUGUAACUGCCUGAUGAUUCCCCUUAUGGCUGCCCAAUGCCUGCCCCAUGCAUGCAAGAGGAGGUAAUGACACAAACUCUGUGGUCGUUUUAUGUCAUGGAAAAUACGGACAAAAAGAUGUUUGUCAUUUCACUGACAUUACAUGCCUUUAUUGCUCAGUGCUGCAUGCUGGUCCCAACCCCUUUAAAUGGCUUUUUAAAACUGUCCUUUCUUUGAUGACCAUGAUAGAAUCAUAGAGGUAGGGGAAAGCAAUAUGGUGGAAACUCCCCUGUGAUGUGUACUAUCCAGACCUCUUGUAUCCGUGGCCUGGAAGGGGUGGAGAAGAGGCUGUUCUUUUGGGACCUACAUAGCAUAAUGAUUGGUUAUCUAUGCUGUGCUUUGUCACUGUAAUUUGCUACUUACACUGUGAUUGGGUCUUUGCCGAUCACUCUGAUUGGCUCCCUUCUAUGCUGAACACUGUGAACACACAUUGGUCGUGUUCCCCUGCUCAGACGUUGCAUGCAUCAACCAAUGGUUGCGUGCCACAUCAUCGGCUGUGCAGUCGGGAACCAGAUUGCUAUAACAUAUGAUUUGGUUAGCUGACACAUAAAAUACCCAUCCAGGCAUUGUAAGAUCUGUCAUGCAUCAGCAAUGUCUGAGCAGAGGAACACGACCCUUCUCUCUCUGUCUCGCUCUCCAUUAUGACACAAUUAAAUAGUAAAAGUCAACCCUGAUAGAGAAUAGAUAGAGGUCCAUGUGGUGGUAGAAAUGUGUUCAGGGCAUGGAGAAAAGGUGGCAACUGGUUUACCCCUAUAUGUGCCAAAGAGAUGAGAGGGGGUCUGUCACUCUCAAAAGACAAUGUUUGUUUCAUUUCUCUAUCACUUGCAUUUUCUAGGGGAGAUGACCAUUUCUGAGUGUUAUGUUCUGAACACAACAACACCAUUCUAAGAACCUCAGAUACACUGUUCAAGCCUAGGUGGCAGUGCGGUUACUACUGGUUACCCUUGGAGAAACUGGACCACUUCCCUAAAUAGUAACAGUCCUUUGACUCUUUUCAAAGAAAGGGUUCAGUAUAAUUUAUGCUUUACAUAACUCUCUGUGUUUACUACCACUUGACUGAUUGUUUUGUGGUGUUAUUCAUAAUUACUGGAGCUUGCUUUGCUUUACCUGGAAUGACUGGUCCUCCUCUGCAGAUUUAUUUUGCAGUAUCUUUUGCCAUUGCCAUUAUAACUUAGUUAAAACCUUUGUAUGUGUUUGCAGUGUCUUGUCUCUCAUGUUUUUCUAUUCUUAAUUAUUUAACAAAAUAUUGAGAUGUCAUACUCUAUGGAAUUGUAUUUCUUUACGUCUUUGUUGACCUGGCAUUAUUUAUUGGUUUGUACAGAAAGAUUUUGUUAUGCAUUGUAUAUUAUUUCCUCUCUUCUGUAAUUAUAGAUGAUUAUAUACUCAUGUAAAUACAAAUAAACACUUAAGUUUAUAAAAGUAAAUACUCACU